AUGCCUUGGAGUCCCCUUCAUCGCGCAUCUUUGCUCCUCUUGCUGUCAUGUGCACUCACCACUUUUUCAGGAGUGCUCGGUGCCGGGAAGCAUCAAGCGUGUCAAGAGAAGGGCGGCACUGAUUUGGCUCAGUGUCCCAAAGGAACGGUCGUCGUACACAACUCGACCGAACUGACGGCCGCUCUGGCUGGUACAGCACCGGUGAUUCUCAUCUCUCAGCGCGACAUCGAAUCCAGCGGCUACGUCAACUUCGAUGCCAAGUACGCGGUCAAGCGUUCCGUCACGCUGCUAGGAGAGUUGAUCUGGACCGAAGAAGCGGGCAAAGCUGCGCGGUUCACUUGGCCCGUCAUUCACGCUGCACCGACGGACGAGACGCCCGUCUUUAGUUUUGACGCCCAAGGCAAGACGAUUGCCAUUCACGACGUCGAAGUGUGGAAUCAGAGGGACACGGAAGCUAUCAAUGCAACGCCCGUCAAGCGAGACCUUCCUACCGGGCAGUCUAACGCUAACGGUGCCCCGACUGGCGAACCAACUUCGACGCCCAACGCAAAUGCUAAUGCCACUCCAAAUGCAGACGGCAAAACGGACGGCAAGACGAGCACAAACGCAAAUGGCAAUGCCACUCCCAACGCGGAUGGCAAAACGGACGGCAAGACGAGCACGAACGCAGGUGGCAAUGCCGGACUGAAUGCGGACGGCAAGACUAAUGCGAACGCUGGAGGCGAUCCAAACGCUUCGAAAGCCAUCACCGCUCCGAACACCGCUCCGAAUACCAGUUCCAACGGCAACAAGCCCGCUCCGGGUGCUGCACUGACCGACAAGCCCGGCGAGAAGGGCGCCGCUCCAUCCGCCAAUGCCGAUCUUCCUCAUAUUGGCCCGAGCUUCUUCGUUGCGCAGGGCACCAAGGUGUUGUUCUCCAACACCUGGGCCAUAGCAUGGAGGCACACCGUCAGGUGUGACGGCGAAUGCUUCUGGCUUGCGGGACUGGUUGCUGGUUGGCAAGACACUCUUGUCGGUGAGUCGUGUGGCCCUGCCCUACGUACGCCCAGCCGCCUCGAUUUGAGGCAAGUGAGAAACGCUGACUACAAGUUCACCUCGCGACGGCUCCAGGAAGCGGAAAGAUGUUCAUGUGGCAGCCUAUGAUCUCAGCCCGAAGGGCAGGCACCAUCGCCGCAUGGUCUGGAAACCGCGGAGGUGCUCUGGCCGUCAAUCAAGCAAUGAUUGGCGGUGAAGGCGGCGCUGAGAGCGUCAUCGGCAAAGGCACCGUUCCCGCAGCUAGGCCCUGGGACUCGAUGGCAAGGACCGCAUUCCUCGAUAGCGAGUACAUGGACGACUCCCUCGACCCCAAAAUGUGGAACAGCAAAGGCGUCUCGACCAGUUUCGUCGUAGGCAAAACACAAUUCUACCACUUGGGCAUGUUUGGUGUUGGGUUCAACGAGACGCUCGUCGAUUGGACCAUGGAUGGCACCAACUGGCUGCUUCAGAACAAGAAAGGCGGCAUACUCUACUACCAGGACCGAGCUCGCUUUUUUGGCUCGGACUGGCCCAAGCAAGAUCCGGUCGCCGACAUUGGUGAGGAAGAAUGGGCAGAGGUAGACGACAAAUGCUACUGGCGCACGGUUCAGAAUGUCAAGUAUUGGGCAAACAAGAAGGCACCUUGGACUUGCCCAGCUUCGUCUAAGGGCGCUACGAGUGUCAAGCCUGCCGUGAAAGCGUCAAGUCCUACGAAGGCGAAGCGCAGCGUCAAGCCGCCAAAAGGGUCUUACAUUCACACGACGAAACUCACGCAGUUGAGCAAAGGCACUCGUCCGCUCAAAGUCUUGCACAAGCACACACAUCACCGUCGCAGUAUUGAGGAACACAAGCCAGCUUUCCAGCGUCGUCGUGCUACGUCCCAAAGCACGCCUGCCUAG